AUGUCACCAUCAAAUCGUUCGAAAUCACCACCCAAAGGUACUCGACCAGUAGAUCCAUUACCGAAACGUCCACCUCCAAAUGAAACAAUCAAUACAGAAAGACUUAAAAUGGCAAGAGACGAAGCAGAACGUGCAAUGAAAGAACAUAAAAUCUUUACAAUUAUUGGCCCAUAUCCAGCUCUUCGAGAAUCAUUACGACGUCGUGGUUGGAUUGAAAAAUUCUAUCGUGGUAAUUUAUUACCAGCUGUUCAUGGAAAUAAGAAAUCGGAUAAGAAGAAUAAGACUGAUGAGGAUGAUGAGGAUGAAAAUGAUGAUGUUAAUGAUGAUGAUGAUCUUGAUGAACAUCCAUCAUAUGAAGAUGAUGCAGCUAUUCCACCAUGGGAAGAAAAUGAUGGUUAUUAUGGACUUCUAUCACGUCUUGUAAGAACUGCUGCGCCAAAUUUAAUUUGGAGUGUUCGAGCUAGUUAUGAUACAAGUACAUUAAAUAAAGACCAAAUGGUUAAUCAUUAUUCAAGAAAUGGUUGUUUUACAACGAAGGUUGGUAUAUGCAAUAGUCUUCGUAAUUUACAAUGGUUUCAUCCAGGUUGUGCUGAAGAAUUCUUUCCUCGAUGUUAUAAAUUAUCUCAUGAAGAUGACAAAGUUGCCUACAUUGAUGAUUAUCGUUUAACAGCAUGUAUUAGUUUUCUUAAACUUAUUCAAAAUCGAUGUAAAGGUGUCAUUGAACCAGAUAUGAAUUCAAUAUUAGCUAUGAGCUCAGAUGGUCCAACUGAUCCUAAAAAUCCAGUAAUAACACCUAAUGAAGAAGAAGCACAAUUAACAAGAUCAUUAACUAUGCCUCCUGGACAAUUAUUAUCAAAACCUCUUCCUGGAAAAACUUCAACAAAAAAAGUACCUUCAUCAUUUAUUGAAUUUGCUUUGAAGAAAGUCAAUGAUUAUACAAUAUCACGUGAACAUGAAGAUAUUGAUAUACUUCCAAAUACAACAAUAGAACCAUCUGAUGAACAAUGGACACAAUUUAUUGACCAAUUCUAUGCUGCUUCUCAUUCAAAUGGUGAUAUUGAAGGUAUGGAAAAUUAUUUAAACAGAGUUGAUGAAGCUUUAAAAAAUGUUGAACCACAUUGGCCACAAUAUCAUAUCGAUGGUACAAGAAAUAUAUGGAUUCUUAAACCUGGUGCUAAAUCAAGAGGACGAGGAAUUGUUGUUUAUGAUCGUCUUGAUGAUAUAUUAAAAUUAUGUUCAUCAACAUUAACAAAAGAUGGUAAAUUUGUUGUACAAAAAUAUAUUGAACGACCAUUACUUAUUCAUAAUAUAAAAUUUGAUAUACGUCAAUGGUUUUUAGUAACAGAUUGGAAUCCAUUAACAAUAUGGAUGUAUAAAGAUUGUUAUUUUCGAUUCUGUACUGAACAUUUCAGUUUAGAAACACGACAACAAAAUGUACACUUAUGUAAUCAUUCAAUACAAAAAAAUUAUAAAAAUAAUUCUAAUCGACAUAAUGAUUUACCAGCGGAAAAUAUGUGGACAAAUGCGGAAUUUAUUGAAAAACAUCUUCGACCAAAUAACUCAGUUGAUCGUUGGGAUAAAUAUAUUUAUCCAGCAAUGAAAAAUGCUAUUAUAUGUUCGAUGCUUGUUGCUCAAGAUACUAUUGAUCCAAGAAAAAAUUCAUUUGAAUUAUAUGGUGCUGAUUUUAUGCUUGGUGAAGAUCUUAAACCGUGGCUUAUUGAAAUAAAUUGUAGUCCAACAAUGGCUCGAAGUACUGAAGUAACAGCAGAAAUGUGUGAUGGUGUCUUAGAAGAUACUUGUAAAGUUAUGAUCGAUCGAAGGUACAAUAGAACAGCUGAUACUGGUCGAUUCGAAUUGAUUCAUAGAGGAACACCCGUACCUGUCCCCAUUUAUGUUGGAAUCGAUCUCCGUGUUGAAGGUAAAAUCUGUAGAACUGGCCGGCCUGUAUUCAAUCCUCCUGUAACAACAACAACAACAACAACAACACAAAAUAAUAUUAAUACGAAUAAUAAUAACAAUAAUUACAAGAGUAACAAUAAUAAUAAUAAUAACAAUACAACCAAAGUACCUGCUUCAGCACCUCCACAAUCGAAUGGACCAUCUCCUGAAUCUACUGAAAAUCAUUCUACUCCUUCUUCACAGACAAAUAAUAAUCAUCUUUCAGAAAAUCAGUUACUUUCUGCGAAAAGUUUUCAUAAUCUUGCUUCACUAAGACUUCGUCGAGAAAUGAGUCAACCAGCAUUAAGUCGUGUUGAACUAACCUGUUCAACAGAUUCUUCGUCUGAGAAAAAUGCAACAAAUGAUAAUUUAUCAUUACAUUCUCGUCCAAAUGUAAACUAUAGAUUAAGUCAACAGCCUGAUAUACGACAAAAACAAUACAAAUUAAAUCCUGCUCGUCUCUCUAUUGAAUAUCUCCCGGUUCGUCAAAUAAGUCGAUCAAGAGUUUAUGAUAAUCCUCCAUCACCAAAAGAUUUAUUAACAUUACUGGAUGUAACUCGAUUACCAAUAUUACCAGUUCGUUCACAACAUAUCAAUCGAAUCAUACAACAAAGAAUACUAGUCAAUAGUCAAAAAACUCGAUCAUCAUGUGUUAGAUUUCCGACUCAAUUACCAUUUAAUCGUCAAUAUCAACGAGCUUGGGUAACAUAUAAAACGCCACAAUUAUCAGUGUCACAAAAUACAAAAUUGUUGAAACCUCGGAAAACAACAAUUAUACCGUCUCAUCUUCCAAAUAUUUCAAAUCUUUCUAUUCCAGCUACAAUUGCAGCCAUAUCAGCUAUGAAUGAAAAUCACGGACAUUCGUCAACAUCAUCAUCUGCUCUUGCCGUUGUAUGA